GAACCGCAGGGAUGUCAGACGCGCGCGUUUACGCAAGGACGUGAGAGCAGACAGACAGGUCUCCCGACAGCAUCAAAAACAGGACAGUGACACUUCCAUUCUGACCCGAUUCAGUGCCUGAGAGGAAGAGGAGUCAAAUAGCGGGUAAUAUGUGUCCUGUGAGCGAGGCAGCGCGUGCGAAUUCUGCGGCAGCUGUGAAUGCGGACUGAUCGGGAAUAACGUAGACUGGAAAAGUCAGCCGGGCAUGAAAAACAGGCUGAUCAGUGAGCAAAUGAACAACUUGACGACCGUUUGCAUACGUACACACAGUGCGGAAUCUCCGGGUUCUUUCAAUGAAAUACAGUGGAUGGGAAGAGAGGCGCAGAGUGUUUUGAUGUGAAUCGAGACUCGUUGAUUCGGUUUAAGUGAUUCUGCAGUUUCUGCCAGGAGAUCUUACAUCAGGUGUUGAGCUAUAUCUGCACUGAAUGAGCUCUGUGUGCUGCGGGUGUAGAAUGUUGUCUCGAUAACAUCAGCCGACUCCGCUCUGACUGCGGCAGGUGGAAGUCCAGGGGUCAGGUUUACGGUCUGUGGGUCGGGAGUGAAUCAGCACAGCUUUUGAUUGACAGACAGCUUGGUGGGAAACAAGGCCUCGGUACAGCGAGAGUCCGAUAACAGGAGUGAAAGCAUCGCCACGGCAAUAUCAUCUUUCACUCUUCAUUGCCACUCGUCUUUCUCAACAUGGCCUCUGCAAUGGCACCGCUCUCUUCCAUCUCUGCUUCUUGGAAACCCAACACAUUUCUGUAGACUUCUGAAGAGGAGGCCAGUGCGUGUGGCUGGAGAGCCCGUCAUGGCCAGACCUCUGCUGAAGAUCCAUCGAUAUUUCCGCCGCAAGCCGGUACGCUUUUUCUCCUUCAUCAUCCUCUACCUCACCGCUGGCAGCCUUGUUUUUCUUCACUCGGGCUUCUCCAGCGAUUCUUCCACCAGCGGCUCUGGGAGCGGCCGUGACCCAGUUAUAUCUGAAGGCGGAGCAGGUGUUGCAAGUCCUACCUCUGAUGGUUUGGGAAUCAUAGGGAGGGUGUUUAAGGAGACACAGAGAGUCCCCCGGAGAUUCGGGCCACCUUGGAUGAAGGAAAAUGGGGUGCAGGAUGCACCAGAGUGGGCAGGGCGAGGAGAUCAUGCCAACAGCUGGAACCAUGGAGCCAAAGGAAGAACAACCAAAGAGAUGGAUGAUGGGAGAGCAAAAUACAUCGGCUGCUACGUGGAUGACACACAGAAGCGCGCGCUCAGAGGCGUGUCCUUUUUUGACUACAAAAAAAUGACUGUCUUCCGUUGCCAGGACAACUGUGCAGAGAGGGGGUAUCUCUACGCCGGUCUGGAGUUUGGAGCAGAGUGCUACUGUGGUCAUAAGAUCCAAGCAUCUAAUGUGUCCGAGAGCGACUGUAAUAUGGGGUGUAAAGGCGAGAAGACUAACCUCUGCGGAGGACCUAAUCGACUCUCAAUAUAUAGACUGGAACUGAGCCAGGAGUCUGCCCGGAGAUAUGGAAGCGCUAUCUUUAAAGGAUGUUUCAAGAGACCAGACAACGUGACCUUGGCACUUCCUGUCAGCGCAGUCAUUCAAAACAUGUCAGUGGAUAAGUGUGUAGACAUGUGUACAGAGAAAGAGUUUUCUCUGGCAGCAUUGGCUGGGGAAAAAUGUCACUGUGGCUUUCCCACUCCUCUCUUCACCCUACACGAGCACGAGGAUGAGGAACUGUGUGUGCACCGCUGUGCUGGGGAAGACUUCGACAGCUGUGGGAACAAUGACUUCUUUGUAGUUUACCAAACUCAAGUUCAGGAUAAUCGGUGCAUGGACCGACGCUUUCUACCCACUCGUACUAAACACCAGGUGGCGCUUGCGAGUUUCCCUGGUGCGGGGAACACCUGGGCUCGUCACCUUAUUGAGUUGGCCACGGGCUAUUACACUGGCAGCUACUACUUCGAUGGCUCGCUGUACAACAAGGGUUUUAAAGGAGAGAGGGAUCACUGGCGCAGCGGUAGAACCGUUUGCAUCAAGACCCACGAGAGCGGCAAGAAGGAGAUUGAAGCCUUUGACGCCAGCAUCGUCAUGAUCAGGAACCCUUACAAAGCCCUAAUGGCCGAAUUUAACCGAAAGUAUGGCGGCCAUAUUGGAUUUGCCUCUCAAGCUCACUGGAGGGGAAAAGAGUGGCCGGAGUUUGUGAGGAACUACGCUCCAUGGUGGGCAUCCCAUACGCUAGACUGGCUGAAAUACGGGAAGAAAGUCCACGUAGUGCAUUUUGAGGAUUUAAAGCGGGACCUUUUUACUCAUUUGAAGAGCAUGGUCCUUUUUCUGAGUCUGGAGGUUUUUGAGGAACGUCUGCUGUGUGUUGAGGGUCAGAAAGAUGGGAACUUCAAACGCUCUGGGUUGAGAAAACUAGAAUAUGACCCUUACACGCCAGCAAUGCGUGCCAACAUUGAUGGUCUUAUUAAGACUGUGGAUACAGCUCUGAAGAAGAGAAACAUGUCUGGUGUACCUGAUGAGUACAGACCAAGAUGAUACUCAUCUCUUACUUUUGUUUUUUCACAACACUCAUUUUCAGCUUUCUUUUUUUAAGCUUUUCCUUUUUUUUAGAAUUUCAAAUUGUACGUUUAUUGUGAUUUUUCUGUUCGCAUUCUGUUUUGACAACAUUAGGAAUUUCACAUAGAACACAGAAAAGCUGCGUCUGAUAAAAAUAGUCAUGGAUGGUCUGAAAAUACACUACAUAUUUUUCCUUGGUUUAUAUAAAGGUUUAAGUUAAAAGUGUGUGGAAUCACAAGUUUUGUUUAUUAACACAUGCAAUGGCUGUUGUUUCUGCAUAUAAAAGCACCUUUAAUGUCAGAAAGACAUCACACUGUUAUGGAGACAUCUUUUUCAUCAUAUUGCCCUUACCUGCCACCUUUGGACCAGAUGACAUUAUGAUCCCCUAUGCACUCUUCACACAGCUAUUUAUGUACAUUUUGAACAUCAGUUUGCUAUGCCUACAAAUUCGGGAUGUCACUUUAGCUAUAACAAUAAAUUCCCCAACUAUGCCUCAAGUAUAAAAAAAACUGCAUGGACAACUUAAAAUUUAGAUUUUGUUGCAAAUAUAACAUUCAUAUUUGUUUCUUGAUUUCCGUAUAUAGAAGCAACAGAAGUCUGCUUUUCCUGUUUGGAAAAAUCCUUUACUAAAAAUAUUUCAACAAAUAAUUGAUCUUUUGGGUUUCUUAGUGAAUUCAUUGGAUAUAGUAUUUGCAAUAGGCAAUCAAAAUAAUUAAAAACAAAAAGCAAAUUCUUUGUUUAAAAAUGUGGAUGUAAAAAUUAAGGCUUCUUGUAAAUAUAUUUAAAAUGAUAUACCCUUUUACAAACACAUGUACCCCGUCACAAGUUACAGUGGUCUGAACAGUUCAACCUAAAAUGAACAUUCUAUUGUUUUAUACUCAGCUUUGCAAUGUGGUUCAUAACUGUUUCGUCAAGAAACAAUUCUUGCAAUUGAAAUUGCUGCUUUUGUGCGCCAAAGAAGAACAAGAUACAGAUUUGGAUGUGGGUGAGUAAAAAUGAUUAUUUAUUAGUGAAAACACCUUUUUUAUUUCACAGUGUCCUUAUUUAUUUCUCUGAGAGCUGCAGUCUCUACCAUGCAUGCUUGAUAGAAUAACUGUUCUUCGAUAUACACCUGUAUAGUCCAAUAAUUCCUCCCCAAUGAUUUGUAUACAUUAUGUAUGGAUCUAAUUGUUACAAUGGUCUUUCCAUAUUACUAAAGUGGCAAAUGACAGAAAAAACGGAAUUAAGGGGUGAAAACAAGCAUGAAGCAACAUGUCAAUAAGAUUCUCAAAAAUCAUCUCGCCAGUAAAUUCCUGAUUAUGAGCGUAAUAUAUAAAGAAAUAACAAUCAUUAUAUAUAUAGAUACAGUUUAUAUGUAUAUACACACAUAAGUAAAUACACAGAUAUUUUUGUAAUGCUCACCAAAAGAAUUCCAUGUAUUUGAAAGACAGAAAGUAUAUCACUUCUAUUUUUAACAGUUUCAAAUUUUAAUGCUUUUGAGUAGAAAUCAAGUGUUAUUAUGAAUGUAUUUUGUAUGGAAUGAAUGCAAGUAAUUUCUACAAAAUUAUUAAAAUCAGAAAGCACCUCCCAGUGAUGCAAAUGUAAUAAAAUGGUCGUCACAAGAUUAUUACACGUACAUGUAAAAAACCAAGAGAGCUGUGCGAAUUUGUCUGGAUGAGGAUGUCUGAUCUAUAAAUUGUCAAUAAAUUAUAAGUUAUCCUGUC